AUGCUCCUGGCCUCGGCCGUGGUGGUCUGGGAAUGGCUGAACGAGCACGGCCGGUGGCGUCCCUACAGCCCGGCCGUGAGCCACCACAUCGAGGCGGUGGUCCGCGCCGGCCCCCGCGCCGGGGGCAGCGUGGUGCUGGGCCAGGUGGACAGCCGUCUCGCGCCCUACAUCAUCGACCUGCAGUCCAUGAACCAGUUUCGCCAAGAUACGGGGACCCUCCGCCCGGUUCGUCGCAACUACUAUGACCCGUCCUCUGCCCCCGGCAAGGGCGUGGUGUGGGAGUGGGAAAACGACAGCGGUUCCUGGACGCCCUACGACAUGGAAGUGGGCAUCACCAUCCAGCACGCCUACGAGAAGCAGCACCCCUGGGUCGACCUCACUUGCAUCGGCUUCAGCUAUGUCAUCGACUUCAGCACCAUGGGCCAGAUCAACCGGCAAACCCAGCGCCAGCGCCGCGUGCGCCGGCGCCUGGACCUCGUCUACCCCAUGGUCACGGGCGCCCUGCCUCGGGCUCCGUCCUGGCCGGUCAGCCCUGGCUCGGCCGCCUCGCCCCCUGCGCCCCCUUGCUCCUGCCCACAGUGUGUCUUAGUGAUGAGCGUCAAGGCGGCCGUGGUCAACGGCAGCCCCGGGCCCCUGCAGCCCCCAGCCACGCGCAAGAACGCGCCCCCCUCUGCAGGGGUCAAGCUGCCCCCCGCACCAGGCCCGGGGGCCAAGCCUCUGGACGGCACGCGCACCGGUCGAGGCCCAGUGAAGACCGCCCCGUCGCAGGGGAUCCGACGACAAGCCUCUAGCACGCCGGCUGCGGCAGCUGCGGGCUCCCCUGCCAGCCCCCCAGCAGCCAAUGGCAAGACUGGCAGAAUGGCCCUGGCCACCUUGAAUCGUACCAACCUGCAGCGACUGGCCAUCGCCCAGUCCCGGGUGCUGAUCGCCUCUGGGGUCCCCACCGUCCCAGUGAAGAACUUAAAUGGGUCUAGUCCUGUCAAUCCUGCCUUGGCAGGAAUCACUGGGAUCCUGAUGAGUGCAGCAGGGCUGCCGGUGUGUCUCACCAGGCCACCAAAGCUGGUCCUACACCCGCCCCCCGUCAGCAAGAGCGAAAUAAAAUCCAUCCCAGGGGUUUCCAACACAAGCCGCAAGACUACCAAAAAACAAGCCAAGAAAGGCAAAACCCCAGAGGAGGUGCUGAAGAAGUAUCUGCAGAAAGUCCGGCACCCACCAGACGAGGACUGCACCAUCUGUAUGGAGCGCCUCACGGCCCCCUCUGGCUACAAGGGCUCACAGCCAACAGUGAAGCCUGAGGUGGUGGGAAAGCUGUCUAGGUGUGGCCACAUCUACCACAUCUACUGCCUGGUUGCCAUGUACAACAACGGGAACAAGGAUGGGAGUUUGCAGUGUCCAACUUGCAAGACCAUUUAUGGGGUGAAGACUGGCACACAGCCUCCAGGGAAGAUGGAGUACCAUCUCAUCCCUCACUCCUUGCCUGGCCACCCAGACUGCAAAACCAUCCGGAUCAUCUACAGCAUCCCCCCUGGCAUUCAGGGACCAGAACAUCCAAAUCCUGGGAAGAGUUUCAGCGCCCGCGGCUUUCCACGACACUGUUACCUUCCGGACAGCGAGAAGGGGAGAAAAGUUCUGAAGCUGCUGCUUGUGGCCUGGGACCGUCGCCUCAUUUUUGCCGUUGGUACCUCCAGCACCACGGGCGAGUCAGAUACUGUCAUCUGGAAUGAGGUCCACCACAAGACAGAAUUUGGCUCUAAUCUCACUGGCCAUGGCUACCCAGAUGCCAAUUACCUGGAUAACGUGCUGGCUGAACUGGCUGCCCAGGGCAUCUCAGAGGACAGCACUGCCCAGGAGAAGGACUGA